UUCAAACCAAUCUUCUUGGGACUUCUACCUUCUGAUAACCCAUUAAAUACUCUGAAGAGAGCGACCAAUAGCCAGAAAUGCAUCCGUGUUGGUGGAAAACAUAAUGAUCUCCAGGACGUUGGCAAGGAUGCGUAUCAUCAUACAUUUUUUGAAAUGUUAGGGAAUUGGUCAUUUGGUGAUUAUUCCAAAAAAACAGCUUGUGAACUGGCUUGGCAGCUGUUAACAGAUGUUUAUCAGCUCCCUAAAAGAAGUCUUUAUGUUACAUAUUUUGGAGGUGAUGCUGCUCUAGGCCUAGAACCUGACUUUGAAUGUUAUCACAUCUGGAGAAAGAUAGGUGUUCCAGAAGACCACAUCUUUCCAUUUGGUGUAAAAGAUAACUUUUGGGAAAUGGGUAACACUGGACCAUGUGGACCUUGUACAGAGAUUCACUUUGACCAUUUAGCAGGCCAGCAACAUGUACCUCCAGCAGGACAGCGGAUCAACAGUGGAACUCCUAGUUUAAUAGAAUUGUGGAACCUUGUUUUCAUCCAGUACAACAGACAAGCAGAUGGAAGUCUAGAGACCUUGCAAAAUUUGCAUGUGGACACAGGCAUGGGUUUAGAAAGAUUAGUUGCAGUACUUCAAGGGUCCAUGUCAAAUUAUGAUACUGAUCUGUUUCAACCUUUAUUUCAAAAACUUCAUGAGGUCAGCUCUGUUAGACCAUAUCAGGGACUAGUUGGAUCAUCUGAUGUAGAUUUUAUUGACACCAGCUACAGAAUUAUUUCAGACCAUGCUCGUAUGUUUACUGUGGCCAUCUCUGAUGGGGUUCUUCCUGAUGAAUAUGAUGCAGGUAACAGUUUGCGUAGAGUUAUACGGAGAGCAUUGACAGCUGCUAAGGUACGACUUAAGGCUCCUAAAGGCACAGUUGCUUUUCUUGCACCAUGUGUUGUGGAAAGUUUAGGAGACAUUUUCCCUGAACUCCAUCAAAAUAUUCAAAUGGUUAUAGAAACAGUGAAUGAAGAAGAGGAUCGACUUUUGAAUCAAAUAGCAAAAGCUCAAAGGUUGCUGGAUAGAAACAGACUUAAUGUGAAAGGAAAUAUUUUAUCAGGUGAGGUUGCAUGGGAAUGUUACUUUGUACAUGGACUUCAACAGGAUCUUAUUGAAGAUUUGGCUCUCUCUCGUGGUCUUCAGGUGGACUGGAAUGUGUUCAAUAAAAAGAUGAAGGAAGAGCAGAACAAAAGAACAGCUGUUGAUGAGAAACCUCAAGGCCACCUACCAGCUGUCUCUUUGCACCUUGUGGAUAUGUUGAACCAUCGUGGAAUUCUUCCUACUGAUGAUAUGGAUAAAUAUGAGUAUUAUUCUCAUAAUGAACAGUAUGAAUUUCUUCCCGUAAAGACUGAACUUUUAGCCAUUGUUAAAGAUAACAUUUUGGUAUCUGAGACACCAUCUGGAAGCACCUGUCAGUUAGUGGUACGCAAAACCAACUUCUAUCAUGAAGCUGGAGGACAAAUGUGUGAUCAGGGGAGGAUUCUGGGGGAGAAUUUUUCAUUUAAAGUGAAAAAUGUGUUUGCUUUAAAAGGAUAUGUCUUUCAUGAGGGAGAAGUAGAGUUUGGGUGUUUACAAGAAGGUGCCCCAGUAUGGAUGGAAAUUGAUAAAAACCACCGUCUCGGGUGCAUGAGACACCAUACUGUGACACAUCUCCUAAAUGCUGCAUUAAAACGCCUCUUGCCAAAAACAGUACAAAAGUCAUCAUAUGUUGGACCAUCAUAUUUACGAUUUGAGUAUAAUGCCAAGAAUGUGUUUCAAGUUGAAGAAGUUCAAAAUAUAGAAAAUUUCCUUGCUCAUAUUAUUCACUCUGACCUAAAGGUGGAUCGUUCAACAGUGCCACUUUGCAUAGCCCUGCAAGAUGACAGUUUAACUACUUUGCAAGGCGAGAUGUACCCAGAUCCAGUGAGUGUUAUUACUAUUGUUGAUAAAGAAGGGCGUGUAGUAUCUAAAGAAGCAUGCUGUGGCACCCAUGUGCUCAGUACAGGAGAUAUUGGGGAAGUUGUACUUAUAUCUCACCAGUCCAUUGCUCAGACACGAAAACGAAUUCACGUUGUAGCAGGACAAGAAGCAGGAAAAAUUUUGGAAAAAGGAAAUAACCUGUUAUCAUCCACCAAAACACUGUCAGCUAUAAUCAACUGUAUCAAACUUUCUCAGAACAAUGAUUUUUUUGAAAUGAAGAACCUUAUGAAAAGAGUUAAAGAAUUAAAAACAUGUUUAAUGGAGGCUGUAGUUCCAUGGACAUACAAACAAAUUAUGACAAAAGAUUUAGAAACCAUGGAUCGUCAAGUUAUGGCAUUAUUGAGGUUUUACAACAAACAUACUCUCACAGAAAAGGUUAAAGAAGAGUUGGCUGUUCACAAGAACAACAAAUAUGUGAUAGCUUUUCUAAGAACACCUGGAUAUGACAAGCAAAUCAUCAAAGUAGCAGGGAAGGAGCUCUCUGAUUUUCCACAUAUGAUUUUCUUUCAUAGUGCAGAAGAUAAUAAAAUUGUCUGCCACUGCAGUGUGCCACAGAACAUGGUGAGUUCUACAUUUAAUGCCAAGCUGUGGAUCAAACCGGUAGAAGAAGUUCUUAAGGCAACAGGUAGACCACUAGGAGAUGUUGAUCACAUAUUGUAUGCUGUGAAAGGAGAUAAAGCUGGACAUCUACAGAAAGCUAUGUCAGCUGCUCACAAGUUUAUAGAAAGUGAUUAUCUAGUUAAGAGAUAGAGUAGCAUGUAAUGAAGAAAGAUUUUCGUAGUGUAUCAAUAUAUAUAUAGAUGUUUUUCAAGCCUGAUUAAAUCUUUUAUUUAACUCCUAGCAUGAGUGGUAGUGAUACAAUUCAGGAUCUGAACAAAAACAACCUUAAGAAAAUGAAAUAUCUUGAAAGAAAAUAUAGUACAGUAGAACUUUGACAUUAACAGCACCAUUCUGACUGUGUCCAAAAGUCCUCUAUAGCAAGGUGCCCUUACUAUCAAAAAUGAACUACAGAAAGCUGGAUUCCAUAUUGACUGUACUAAAUUUCUGAAUUUUAAGACCCCCUAUUUUGUUUGGUGUAUGCAGGACGAGGGUAUUUGUGAGUUGCAUGUUGCUAUGACAUGGAGCAUUAUCAACAGGAGGUCUCAGGGGGUGGAUUACCUAUGCACUUUAUUAUUGUCACAAAGUUUGAAAGUACAUCUCUUCAGAGUUUGAACUGCCAAACAUUUCACAUUUAUUUACUGUUAAUGAAUGAAGUAGAAAUCUGCUGAAAAUAAAGUAACAAAUCACUGAUUGUGUCAUUAGACUGUUUACAUGACAUGUAAUAUGAUAUUCUCAGGAGCAACUGACUUGACCCCCUGCUCUGAGAACACAAUGUGGAAUUUAUCAGCUUAUGUAUCCUACAGGGUUUACAACGAUAAUUACCCAGGGUAAUAAGAUUGCAUUUUGAAUCUGUAAAAAUGUUUAUCACAGUAUAUUGUUCGGAGCCAAUCCAAUAAACAUUGCAAGUGUUUGAAUAUUGGUCAUCCUUCUGAGAUGUUUGUAAUUUAGCUGUAUACUAUACAGGCAUACAAAGAUAACUGCCAACCUUAUCAAGUUAUUGUAUAGAGAACAAGAAUAAAGACUCUGUCCUUAA